AUGGCCGACUUAUCACAACCGAUGGAAGAUCCUGCAAAAUACUAUGAAAAACUUUUUGAGCGUCUCAGUGCUCUAAGAAAACAAGAAACCUUCUGCGAUGUAACUGUCGCAGUGAAAGGCAAAGAGUUUAAAGCUCAUAAAGUUGUGCUAGCUGCAGCAAGCCCAUUUUUCCUUUCACUUUGGGAAAGCAACAUGGUAGAAAGCAACGAACAACUGAUCGAAAUCAAGCUUGAAGAGGCGACUGCGUCUGUCAUGGAAGAAGUGCUGCAGUAUAUCUACACUGGAAAUGUUUCAGUCACCGAAGAAAGCUGCAAUGAGUUGGUUGCAACGGCGGAUUACCUUCUUCUACCAGGAUUAAAAUCAUUAGCUUGCGAUUUCUUGAAAAAGAAACUGGCCAUUGAUAACUGUGUCUCUACGUAUUAUUUUGCCGACAGGUAUCACUGUGCAGAGCUAAAAGAAAUGAGUUGUUGGGAAAUUAAUUUAAACUUUACUUCUGUGAUGAAAACGGGAGAUUUUCUGAACCUUGACUUGAAUCAAGUCAUGGAAUGGGUCUCUAGUGAUGACAUAAAAAUCAGUUAUGAGGAAGAAGUUUUUGAUGGAAUUGUCAAGUGGGUGUCUUACAACAAGAGUGAAAGAGAGAGCUGUUUCUUUGACUUGUUGCACCAAGUCCGCCUGAAUUGUGUAUCCCAAGACUUUCUUCAGGGUAAAUUGGUGAAGGAAGAACUUGUAACUACAAAUAACGCCUGCUUAAACUUUGUUUUGAACUCCAUCGUUGCCACACAUGAAAGUCAUUUCAAACCACCAAGGAAAUGCCUUAAGCAUUACGUCGAAGGGGUUUUUGUGUGUGGUGGUAAAAUGGCUUUGUGUUACUGUCCUGAUGACAAUGAGUGGUAUCAGAUGAGCGGCAUGGCAUAUGAACAUCAAAACCAAGCCGUCAUUCAGUACAAGGAUAAAGUUUACAUUUUUAGCAAACAAAAUGUACAUUCGAUUGAGUCACAUGUUGUAGAAUAUUAUGUGCCUUUAUCAAACUGCUGGGGUUCAAUUCAAACAGACUUCGACUACGAAGAACAAUUUUCAAGUGUAUCAUCACUGAGUGACUGUUCAUCCUUGUUUGCUUUAACCAACAGUACUGAAAUUCCUGAAAACACAAUAUUCACCUACAAUCCUGCUGAGAAUAGCUGGGAGAUAAAAGGAAGUACAUCUUCUAGAAAUCGAUGGGGAGCAUGUGCUGUGGCAGUGGGAAAUCACCUUUAUAUUAUAGGUGGUAGCAAUUGUAGCGAUACUGUACCAAGUGGAAUAACUAAAGUUGAACGAUUUGAUCCAAGAGAGGAGAAGCUGGAAGAGGUUGCGUCCUUGAAUGAGGGAAGACAUGAUGUAUUUGGAGCAGCCAUGAAUGACAAGAUCUAUGUGGCUGGUGGAAUUCAAAAAAAUGACCAGACUCUGACACUACUUAGCACAUGUGAGGUAUACAACCUAUCAAUAAAUGAAUGGCAUCUGAUGGCAGACCUCUGUGUACCUCGUCAUUCUGCAAGUAUGGUGUGCUUUAAAGGAGCUUUGUAUGUCUUUGGUGGCUUGAAAAAUACUCGCAGUUAUCCCCAAACCCGAGAGUUGUCGGUUGAAGUAUUUAAUUCUGAAACGAAUCAGUGGAAUGAGAAGAGCACCAUACCUGUUUGCCUUGAAAGUGAUGAAGAGACAAAUAAACAAAUACAUUACAAGGCUUGUUUUGCAACUUUUCACCAUGAUGUCUUGUUGGAUCGCAUUUACCUUUGA